CAAGGGGCUGCGCGAGGAGGACGCGCUGCUGGAGAGCGGCAGCCAGAGCAACGAGAGCGACGACACCAGCACGGACCGCGGCCCCGAGCCCGCCUCGCCGCUCAAAGAGACUUCCUUCUCCAUCGGCCUCCAGGUCCUCUUCCCUUUCCUCCUGGCGGGCUUCGGGACAGUCGCUGCUGGGAUGGUGCUGGACAUCGUGCAGCACUGGGACGUCUUCAAGUACGUGACGGAGGUGUUCAUCCUGGUGCCCGCGCUGCUGGGCCUCAAGGGGAACCUGGAGAUGACGCUGGCAUCUCGCCUCUCCACAGCUGCUAAUAUUGGCCAAAUGGACACACCCAAAGAGCUCUGGAAGAUGAUAACAGGGAACAUGGCUCUGAUACAGGUUCAGGCUACGGUGGUUGGCUUCCUGGCCUCGAUCGCAGCGGUGAUAUUUGGAUGGAUCCCCGAUGGCCACUUCAGCAUUGACCACGCUGUCCUGCUUUGCGCCAGCAGCGUGGCUACCGCUUUCAUUGCUUCCCUUGUUCUGGGCAUGAUCAUGAUUGGGGUCAUCAUCGGCUCCAGGAAGAUGGGGAUCAAUCCUGACAACGUAGCCACCCCGAUCGCUGCCAGCCUUGGGGACCUCAUCACGCUGGCUCUGCUCUCGGGAAUCAGCUGGGGCUUGUAUAAAGAGCUGGAGAGCAAAGCGUACGUGAAUCCCUUGGUGUGCGCCUUCUUCAUCGCCCUGCUGCCCAUCUGGAUCAUCGUGGCCAAGAGGAACGCGGCCACGCGGGAGGUGCUCUACUCCGGCUGGGAGCCUGUCAUCAUCGCCAUGGCUAUCAGCAGUGUUGGCGGGUUAAUUUUGGACAGAACGGUUUCAGAUCCCAACUUUGCUGGGAUAGCUGUGUUCACACCGGUUAUUAAUGGUGUGGGUGGCAACCUGGUCGCCGUGCAGGCCAGCCGCAUCUCCACGUACCUGCACAUGAGCGGGAUGCCCGGGGAGAGCUCGGAAACGGCCCCCCGCAAGUGCCCCAGCCCCUGCAGCACUUUCUUCGGCUCCGAUGUGAAUUCCCGCUCCGCCCGUGUGCUCUUCCUCCUGGUGGUGCCGGGACACCUGGUCUUCCUUUACACCAUAAGCUCCAUGCGAGGCGGCCACACGACGCUCACCCUCAUUUUCAUCCUCUUCUACAUGACCGCUGCGCUGCUGCAGGUCCUCAUCCUGCUCUACAUCGCGGACUGGAUGGUGCACUGGAUGUGGGGCAGGGACCUCGAUCCUGACAACUUCUCCAUCCCGUACCUGACAGCACUGGGUGACCUCAUCGGAACGGGUCUCCUUGCUCUGAGCUUCCACAUCCUCUGGCUCAUCGGUGACCGGGACUCCGACGUGGGAGACUAGUUCUCCUCGCUGCCCCUCUCCUCCUGUCAGCUCUUCCCCUUCAGGUUUUUUUU